AAACCUGCUGACAAAGUUUACAGCGUUGAAAGCAACCGCUGAACCUUUGGUUACAGAAUCCAGUUGACUGCCAGGGAUAAGAGUUCCCAAGGAAGGCGACGUGGAGCAACAUGCUGGGAUUUUAUCAGCAGGAAGAGAGGGGUGACUCGUAGAAUGUAGAUGGGCGUGGAUUUCUGUCUUGAGAGGUGAGAACUUUGCCAAUCAAGAGUUCAACGAUGAGCUACGGGUCUAAAGACCUAAAGGGGAUGCUCCAGUAUGGUGAGAAGCUUUCAAAGCCCAGUGGCAGGUCCUUAUAUGAGCAAAGGAAGAAAUAUUCAAAUUCCAACUUCAUCAUGGACGAUGAGUCACAGUACUACGUCAAUCAUCUGACCACCUUCCCUUUGGGUCCUGGCGAGGAGACACAAACUGUGGAGGAGUCCAUCAAAAAGAUGAAGACCCUGGACAGCAAAGGAAGGAUCUGGACCCAGGAAAUGCUGCUGCAGGUCAACAGUUCGGCCGUCAGCUUGGUGGACAUUGAAUCCAAGGAUGAACUGGAGACUUACCCGUUGGAUGCAAUCAAGCACUGUGACUCACUGCUAGACAGCUGGAGAUUUAACUCAAUCCUUAUCCUCAUGUGCAAGGAAGCUCACCAGGCGAAUCCCGAUAUCCACUUCUUCCAGUGCUCCGAGGUCGGGGCUGACCUGAUUAAGAGUGACAUCAACAGCGCGAUCAUGGACCUGAAGAGUGGAGGAAGGAGUGAGAGGCCGAAUGCUCUCAGGCUUAACCAGGAGAAAAUGAAUGAACAAAGGACCUCCCCACCUUCCCCACCCCUGAACAGGGCUCCCAAAGCACCCACGAACUACAACUCCAGCAUAGUGCAAGAGGCGGUGUCAUUACCUCCGUCUUAUACAGCCACGACUCCGAUGGUCAGCACAGAGCUCAAUGGGACAAGUGGAAUCCCACAGGAUAUAUCUGAACAGAGGAUGGUUCGUGAUGUGGCGAUUCUCAAUCACACGUUCGAUGAUAUAGAAGCCUUCAUGGUGAGGCUGCAGAAAACGGCUGAAGCUUUCAAGAUCCUCGACCAGAGGAAGAAGAGCAGAAUGGGGAAGAAGAGGACUUCUAAAGAGUCUGGGGAGGGUCUCCUUACAUUGAGAGCUCGACCCCCAACCCAGGAGGAGUUUAUCGAUGUCUUCCAGAAGUACAAAUACUCCUUCAGCAUGCUGGCUCGAGUAAAGAACCACAUCAUCAAACCCAGUGCAACUGAGCUAAUCCAUUUCCUGUUCGCACCCCUCGACACGAUGGUGCAAACGGCAGGUGUGGAUGUUGCUAGAUCAGUGGUCAUGCCAUUCUUGACCAACGAUGCCAUCCACCUCUUGAACAGCACACUCAGUCAGACAGAGAAGGCACAUUGGCAAUCACUGGGAGACUACUGGACCAAAUCCAGAUUGGAGUGGCCUGCCGAGCACUGGGGAGCGCCGUACCAAAUCCAGUUCCGAUCAGGGUGGCAGCCGGACGAUCUGGAUCCCAACGGAGCUCCGUGGGAAGAUCCCGUGGAGCUGCAGCACAAACACGAGUUGCUACGACUGCAGCAAUCAGGCCCACAGACAGCUCCUGUCAAACAAAGCAAUGGGACUCACAAUGUGGAGACCAAACACAUGAAGUGCAGUUAUGACUUUGUGGCCCGAAACAGCAACGAGCUCUCUGUGUUGUCUGGCGAAGUAGUGGAGGUGCUGGAUGAUUCCAAACAGUGGUGGAAGGUGCAGAAUCAGAGUGGACAGGUUGGCUAUAUCCCCUUCAAUAUCCUGGAGCCUGUACCUGCACAGGAUGUCGUUGACAACUCAUCUCAAUAUGCUCAGAUACACAAGGGGAACCGGCAAACUCCAAAAGGCACGCCACCCCCGACCCUGCCGAAAAGAGCAAGUCAACCCAACCCAGCGCAGGUCGGCUGGGACCCGAACCCUGAGAAUGUCGGUGUGACUCCGAAAGAGAAAGAGCGUAAUGCCCAGAUUAACGUCAUGAAUGAAGAAUUGUUACUGAGGAUUGCAAACGGCAGAACAGCACAGCAUAAGUCCUUCCAGGUCCAGAAGACCCUUGACACCUCAGUCCCUCUGGACUACAAUUCCUCUCCAACUGAAGUCAAGACUUGGCUGGAGGCCAAAGGCUUCUCUCAGAUGACAGUGAAUUCUCUUGGGAUUCUGACUGGUGCCCAGCUCUUCUCCCUGCAGAAAGAUGAAUUGCGGUCGGUGAGCCCAGAGGAGGGCGCCCGUGUCUACAGCCAGAUAAUGGUCCAGAAAUCACUGCUUGAGGAUAAUCGGUCCGUAACAGAGUUGGAGGCUAUAAUGGAAAAGCAGAAAAGAAAGGUGGAUUCUGAAAUAAAGAUGUCGACCUUGUGAGGACAGGAGAAGCACAUCUAAUUCCAAACACGUAGACUUCAAUUUUUGUUUCAGGCAAGUCCUUGGACACCUCAGCUGCCAUGUUAGGUGUGAUGAUGAGCAACAUCAGUGUUGUACACUUCACAACGCCAAAAAUUACAACAGGAAAAUGUACAUAGAAUGUAGAUUGUUUUUCACUUACGGAAAUAUUUUAUUUUGAUAAGAAUCAACCAUUUUAAGGGAUGAAGUAAUACUGAUCUAAAAUUGGUGUCAUUGCUUGGUUGGAAAAAGGCCACCUCUCUAUUCUGGUAGGAUGGUCUUAUGGUUUGGUAUUUAUACCACAGUGACCAAUGAGUAACUUAGAAUAAAGGAAGCAAUGUAUUUUUCUCAAAAAAAAAUCUGACUCCUUGUCAUGUCGAGACAUACCCGCCAUGGUAUUCUCUAGAAGCGUGCUGACAUCUUACUCAACACUUUGGCAGGGUAGGGGGAAAGGCUUGCAUUCCGUUUCUGUGACACAUGCGGGGCAAGAUAAAGAAAUGCACCUGCUGUCAGGUGGCUUUUUGAAAUGGGAAGGGGCAAAGUCAUAAAAAAGAUCUUUUGCGAUCUAGGCGGCACGGUGGCUCAGUGGUUAACACUGCUGCCUCAAAGCCCCAGGGACUUGGCUUCCGUUCCAGCCUUGGUUGACCAUUUGUAUGAUUUUGCACAUGAUGUGUGUCUGCAUUAGUUUGCUCCAGUUUCCUGCCACAGCCCAAGCAUGUACAGGUUAGGGUGGAUUAGCCAUGCUAAAUUGCCCAUAGUGUCCAGGGAUGUGUAGGCAAGGAGGAUUAGCCAUGGGAGCUAGGGGUUAUAGGGUAGGAAGAUGGGUCUGGGUGGGACGCUGUUUGGAGUAUUGGUGUGGGAGGGCCAAAUGGCCUCUUUCCAGGCAUGCAGUGAUUCCAUUAAUUUAUGGGCCAUUUAUAACUGCUUUUGAUGAGAUUUUGAUAUAGUAUUUAGAAACUGAUUUUUAUAAAUGAAUGCACUACUUAUGUAAUUGGUCAGUUAUAAAGAUUUAACCAAUGCUAACACUAGUGCAGUGUGGAGUUGAUGAAGAUUUUUGGAUGAAGCUUUGAAUGUUUACAACUCUUGGUUGGAGUUGCUGGUGAGGGAGACCAAGCCUCCCCUUUCUCAGAAUGUGCUCUCCCAUGAGUGUCCUCCUGACUGUUCCUAACCAAGAAGGGAAUCCCAUUACCCCUGCAGGACUCCUUCAUGAUGUCCACGUCAUUAUUAUCGUCUGUUCUCAAAGCGUUAAUCCCUGCUCAAGAGAGGAUGGCCAGCUGUGUGGCCCUUCUCCUUAAACUGUUGCCAUCUCGGCAGUCAAGAUGCUUCUCACUUAACGUGGGAAAUCCCAAGCGGCAAUGGGGAAAUGGCCGCGUGCAACCAAAGUCUACCAUAAAAUGUUACCAAAGCCAAUCAUGUGCCACAACCUGUGCCAACAACAAGCUUAAGGUUCACUUUCACUUGCUAGAAGUUAUAUUUAUUCACACUCAGGGACCUGUCUUCUCUAAAGAUGUACAGAUUAGGUGGAUUGGCCAUGCUAAAUUGUCCAUUGUGUCCAGGGAUGUGCAAAUUAGGUGGAUUGGCCAUGUUAAAUUGCCCAUAGUGUCCAAGGAAGGGCACAUUAGGUGGAUUGGCCAUGUUAAAUUGCCCAUAGUGCCCAGGACAGGUUAGGUGGUUUGGUUGUUGCUAAAUUGACCAUUGUGUCUGGGGAUGUGCAGGCUAGUUGGUUUGGCCAUGGGAAACACAAGGUUACAGGGAUAGAGUAGGGGAGUGGUCUGGGUAGGAUACUCUUCAGAAGAUCAGUGCAGACUCGAUAGGCUGAAAGGCCUCUUUCUGGGAUUCUAUGAUCAGCCAUAUUGAAACAGGGAGCAGACCCAAUGGUCCGUAAGGCAUCGAUUCAUGUGUCUAUUCCUUAUUUAGCCGAGAUUAUUUUUGCAUAUUUAUUACAAAACAAUCAGCGUGUUUGUUCCAUAGGCAGAAUGUAGCACUGUACCAAGAAAUUCUGCAUCAGAAUCCAAUGGUGAUGGUUCCAUAACCUUAACAGACUGGCAUCCUCCUCCUGACAGUAUACUCACUCCUCGCACAGUUGGAGAUUUUCUUACGGUUUCUUACCUUUAAACUCGGUUUCACCCUGAGAGACAGUAAACAGAUUGCUGCCAGUGUACUUGAAUGCUGCUAUUUAUUUUUCACUUUAAAACCAGAACACGUUGCGUUGAAAUCUUCCUCCUUCUGUAUGAAGUCAAUAAAAUGUACCGAUGGAAAAUGA